AUGGUGUUCUACUUCAAGGUGCGGCCCGAGGCCGGCGACUACACCAUCUUCAUGGGCCUUGACAAGUACGAGAACGAGGACCUCAUCAAAUACGGCUUCCCCGAGGACAUCUGGUUUCAUGUAGAUAAGAUGUCCUCUGCACAUGUAUAUGUGAGAUUGAAUAAAGGUCAAACAAUGGAUGACAUGAGUGAGGGUUUGCUGGAAGACUGUGCACAGCUUGUCAAAGCUAAUUCCAUUCAAGGUAAUAAAGUCAAUAACAUUGAUGUAGUUUAUACUCCAUGGUACAAUUUGAAGAAGACCCCUUCAAUGGAUGUGGGUCAAGUUGGUUUUCACAACCCUAAAUUGGUUCGCACUAUUAAAGUAGAAAAGAGGAUCAAUGAGAUUGUGAACCGCUUGAAUAAGACAAAGGUGGAGCGGAAACCUGACUUGAAGGCUGAAAGAGAGGCUGUUAGUGCUGCUGAAAGGGCAGAAAGAAAGGCGCAGCUUAGAGACAAGAAACGUAGGGAAGAGAUGGAAAGGCUUGAGAAAGAGAAGCAGGCUGAUAUCAGGAGCUACAAGGGUCUAAUGGUCCAAGAGAAGAUGACUUCCAACAAGCAAAUUGCUUCUGGCAGCAAGACCCUGCAAGAACUUGAAGAAGACUUUAUGUGA